GCCCCAUGCCCCAGGAUGCUCGUGGGAACGAGGCUGCCCCGUGGGCAUCUGCCCUCGCGGCUGCUCUAUGCCUUAGCCGCCUGCCAGCCUGGGCCUGUGAGUCACCAAGGACGGGACCUCCUGCACACGGCACCGGUGGCCCGCACAGCUGCGCCCGUGUUCACCAGGGCCUUGGCCUUCAGGGACAGAGUCGCCCUCAUCGACCAGCACGGCCAGCACACGUACGAGGACCUCUAUCGCCACAGCCUACGCCUGUCCCGGGAGCUCUGCCGGCUCCGCGGGUGCAUCGGGGGCGACCUCGGGGAGGAGAGGGUCUCUUUCCUGUGUGCCAAUGACGUCUCCUACGUCAUCGCCCAGUGGGCGUCGUGGAUGAGUGGUGGCAUCGCGGUGCCACUCUACAGGAAGCAUCCCGAGGCCCAGCUGGAGUACAUCAUCCGGGACUCCCGGAGCGCCGUGGUCGUGGCCGGGCCCGAGUACGUGGAACUGCUGAGCCCGGUGGCGAGGCGACUGGGCAUCCCCCUCCUGCCACUUAGCCCCGAGGUCUAUGAGCGAGCCGCAGAGGAGCCGUUGGAGGGGCAGGGCCCGGAGCUGGCCUGGAGAGACCGGGGUGCCAUGAUCAUCUACACCAGCGGGACCACAGGCAGGCCCAAGGGCGUGCUGAGCACCCACCGCAACCUCGAGGCCAUGGUGACGGGGCUGGUGCGCGAGUGGGCGUGGACCAGAAACGACACGAUCCUGCACGUCCUCCCGCUGCACCACGUCCACGGCGUGCUCAACAAGCUACUGUGCCCGCUCUGGGUGGGGGCCACCUGCAUGAUGCUGCCCGAGUUCAGCGCCCAGCUGGUUUGGGAGAAGUUCCUAAGUUCCGAAAGUCCACGAGUCAACGUAUUCAUGGCGGUGCCCACGGUUUACGCCAAGCUGAUCGAGUACCACGACGCACACUUUGCCCAGCCGCACGUCCGGGACUUUGUGCGUGCAGCAUGCAGGGAGAGGAUCAGACUGAUGGUGUCGGGCUCGGCCGCCCUGCCCCUGCCUGUGCUGCAGAGGUGGGAGGACGUCACGGGCCACACCCUGCUGGAGCGCUACGGCAUGACCGAGAUUGGCAUGGCCCUGUCCAACCCGCUGACCGGAGCUCGCCUGCCAGGUUCUGUGGGGACCCCGCUGCCAGGAGUGGAAGUGCGCAUAGUCUCAGGCCUGCAGAAGGGGAACGGCCCCUACACCGUCCACGCAGAGGGAGACGAGAGGGGCACCAAGGUGACCCCAGGGUUCGAGGAACAGGAGGGGGAGCUGCUGGUCAGGGGGCCCUCUGUGUUUCGGGAGUACUGGGACAGGCCGGAAGAGACCAGGAGUGCGUUCACCACAGACGGCUGGUUUAAAACAGGGGACACGGCCGUGUUUAAGGACGGAAGGUACUGGAUCCUGGGCCGCACCUCCGUGGACAUCAUCAAGACGGGGGGCUACAAGGUCAGCGCCCUGGAAGUGGAGCGCCACCUGCUGGCACACCCCAGCAUUGCAGAUGUGGCUGUGAUUGGAGUUCCAGACGUGACCUGGGGCCAGCGGGUCACAGCUGUGGUGGCCCUCAGAGAAGGACACUCGCUGUCACAGAGGGAGCUCAAGGAGUGGGCCAGGAGCGUCCUGGCGCCCUACGCUGUGCCCUCGGAGCUCCUGCUGGUGGAGGCCAUCCCGCGGAACCAGAUGGGCAAAGUGGGCAAGAAGGAGCUGCUCAGACGGUUCUACCCCAAGUGACCGGGACCGCCCCGCCACGGCCCGCUCCCCGAGGGACCGUGACUCCACAGGGGACAAGUGCUGCCCGUCGGGAGCCCGUCUGUUAGAGCUGACCUGACAGGCUGGAGGCCCCAGGACCGGCCUGCCCUGUGACCCCUGCGCUGGGGGAUGUCCUCGCCCCGCCCGGUGCUGUGGAGUGGAAGCCCUCACGUCCACCCACCAAGGCCCCGCCUCCCUCCCAGACCGCUCCUGCCACGCACACUGCAAGUCGCAGCUGUCACGCCACGCCCCCUCGAGGCCCCAGGUGGGCAGUGUGCAACACGGGGACCCCAUCCCCAGGGCCUGACAGCCUGCCCUGCUCCCCUGCCCGAGGCCUGGGCCAGUCAGCUCCCCUCCGGGACAGGCCUGCUGGAACUCAGGAAACCUUGCCUGUGGGAUCCUGGGGUGGGCGUGGCGAGAUUUGUGCCGAUUCUGCCGACCCCAACCUGGACCUGUCUUUCAGCCCUGA